AUUUUUUGAGAGCCAUUCAUGAGUGACUUCAACCACUCUUAUAUAUUAACCAACCUUCCCACCACCUCUUUUUAGCACAGACUGACUACCAGCAGCAUCUCUAUCCUAAUCUCUAACCCCUUCACUUUUGUCCCCUUCUCCUCCUCUCCCUCUUUAAGUUGUAGGUAUAAUUGUUUAUAUAUCUGGUUCUGAUUCUCGUUACAUAGAUUGAGUUUAAUCAAAACAUGUCAGAAGACAUGAGUUUGUCUGUUAAUGGUCAGUCUCAGGUUCCUCCCGGUUUUAGGUUUCAUCCUACUGAAGAAGAACUCCUGCAUUACUACUUGAAGAAGAAAGUUGCUUAUGAAAAGAUUGAUUUGGAUGUUAUUAGAGAUGUUGAUCUUAAUAAACUCGAACCAUGGGAUAUUCAAGUGAAAUGCAAAAUUGGAUCAACCCCACAAAAUGACUGGUACUUCUUCAGUCACAAAGACAAGAAAUACCCAACCGGAACUCGAACGAACCGAGCAACCGCAGCCGGCUUCUGGAAAGCUACAGGGCGUGACAAAGUGAUUUACAGUAGCUUCAAAAGAAUCGGUAUGAGGAAAACCUUAGUCUUCUAUAAAGGUAGAGCUCCUCACGGACAAAAAUCAGAUUGGAUAAUGCAUGAAUAUAGACUCGACGACAACGCUGUUGAAUCCAACGUAUCAUCUAAUUCAUUGAUCGUAGAAGGAAUCCAAGAAGAAGGAUGGGUGGUCUGCCGUGUAUUCAAAAAGAAAAACCAUCAAAAAUCUGUUGAUGGACCAGUGAACAACAACAACUCUAUCUCUUCGUCGUCAAUGAUGAUAUCAAAAACUCAAUUAUUGAAUUCGACAAGUGGUAGUGAUGGGGCUUUGGAUCAGAUUAUUCAUUAUCUUGGAAGAACAUGCAAACAAGAAUCAGAAAAUAAUACAAGAUUUCUUCGACAAUUCGGGAGAGUUAUUAAUGACGGAGCUGGAGUUAUCAGCGACAGAUUCAUGCAACUACCAGCUUUAGAAAGCCCAACUACUUUACAAUCAUCAUCAUCACUUCAUCAUCAUACCAGUAAUAAUAGAAUUCUUGAUCAAGAAAUGGAUAGUAUAGUUUAUGAAUCUUCUAUCAUUUCAAAUCAAAGUAAUAACAUUGAUGAGCAUAUCUAUGAACCAGCUGGUGGUUUAAGCGAUUGGGCGGCUAUGGACUGUGUUGUUGCUUCUCAUCUCAAUAAUGGUCAGUCUGAAACAUCAAAACAAUUUGCUGCUGCUUGUUUUGCCGAUUCAAGCAGUCUAGGCGGGUUUUCUACUUCUAGCAAUGAAAAUCAAGAACUUAUUCAUCAUUAUCAAUCUCCGCCACAACAACAUCAAAUACGACAACUAGCAACAAGACCAUCGUCGUCCAUGUUUCAAACAUCUCACGUCAUCGACUAUAACAGCGAAAUCGAUCUCUGGAAUUUCGCAGCAGGCAGCAACAGGUAUUCGUCAUCAUCCAUGACAGACCCACUUUGCAGCAGUCAUGUGUCGAAUCCUUCGACAUAACAGAAUCAACAACGUAUAUGGCUUUCAAUACUAUGUAUCGUGAUAGUAAUGUAUGGUUUGUAGUUUUUUUUUUUUUUCUCUAUAUAUAUAUACAUAUAAGGCAAACUAAUAUACAUAAUAUAAUAACGAAAUAAAAUACAUAUAUAUAUAUAUUCCAAAACAUUCUAAGCUGAGAUUUCAUUAUCAAUGGCAUUAUCUUAACCUACUCAAUUAUGUCUACCAAUAUUUAGUCAAAGAAUGUUGAUAUUAUUAUUUCAAAAGGGUUUUUCGUUGU